AUGAAUGUGAAGAUGGAAAUUGGUGGCUCAGAGGUGAUGUUCACUGGAUCGUUGAUUAAAUGCGUGAUCGAAUUGAAGAAUAACUACUUUGGAUUAUAUGAUUCGAUGACUGACGUCACACAUCCCGAAGCGAAUGUAACGACACGAUCCAUAUAUAAUCGAGUACCUCCGAAUGCCCCUGUGGAAGCCUAUAGACCAAUGGAGGUUAUAUUCGAUCUCAGAGUGUUCAACAUCAGAGCUCACUGUCUGACCUAUGCGUCGUUGUCAGAGGAAAAGAGUUUCUGCCCGGUUUUGUAUACAGAAGAGAUUGCUGUUGUGAUAAAGAAGGGUUUCAAAGAAACCAUAAUACAGGUUUGGCGUUGGUCGCUUGUGCCAGCGUAUUUCGAACGUUGCGCCUCUACACAGAAUGACGGGUACUUGACUCUGUCUGGAUUGCAGUUCAGAGGACAUGCAAUGUUCUCAUCAGUUGAUUGUCCAUGGGAUAUGGCUGUCGUUGAGUACUGCUGGCUCACAGAAAUUCUGAUUGGUGAGGUCGGAGGGUGUUUUGGUAGUCCAUCUCAGAUUAUCACACUGGUUAACUUUCUCGACACAUUGCUGUUGUUGGUUAUUGCGAAGGAUGACGCAAAAAUUGUCCCAGACAGGUUCAAGUUUUGCCAGCAUGGGCAAGUACAGUCUGCUCGGCUGAAGUAUCGCCAGAUGCGUAUUGCUGUGGAUGGUGUGCAGUUGGCUUUGACGGAUGAAAAUACUGCUAUUACGGUGAGCCACAGCUCAAAGGCGAACUGGGCAGUCACUCUUCGCUGA